ACUGUUCUGUGCUGGUUUUGCCAACUGAUUUCAGCCUUGGGCUAUAUCCACAAGAGGGGAAUCCUGCAUAGAGACAUCAAGCCACAGAAUCUGUUUCUGAACGACAGAAAUGUCCUUAAACUUGGGGAUUUUGGAAUUUCAAGAAUUUUACACAGCGAUACAGAUGUUGCAGUCACUUUUAUUGGAACUCCAUUCUAUCUCAGUCCAGAGAUAUGCAGACAGCAGCCCUACAGCUACAAAAGUGAUAUGUGGUCAGCCGGUUGUGUCCUCUAUGAGAUGUGCUGUCUACGGGUCCCAUUCACCGCAGUCAAUCUGCCUAGUCUUGUCGCACAGAUCGAGUCGGGGCUGUACAGUCCCUUACCAGGCCAUUGUGGUGAACUUCUCUGCUUUCUCGUAAGUUCCCUGUUGACUUCUGAUCCUGAGAGGCGACUGGCAGCAGAUGCAAUUCUUCUUAAUGUUUACUUUAAUCAAAAGGAGUACUUAUGGAAAAACUGUAAAACACAACCAGAAUUCACUAAAAGAGAAGUAUCAGAUGACAUUUGUAGAGAAAGUCACCCCGCAAGAAUUACAGAGGGAAUAAUUAAAAAAC